AUGGCUUCCGCAGGUGGUCCCGCAAGUAUCAUCACACAAGUUCAGCAGAGUCCUGGAGCCCCAAUAAACUCGUUAGGAGCCGGCGAUGUUGGUGCGGACGAGCAGAUUACAUUGGACCUCAGCAGAGGCACCCGCUUCACACUAUCGCGAGAUGAGCUACUUACUCUACCCGAGUUUGUGCUACUGUCGCUUUUCCCCAACGGUCUUUUGCCUGACGGUCACAUGAAUACCUUCCAUGAGGGCGACGUUUACCCUGUCGAUUAUGAUCCGGCAUCGCUUCAGUAUAUGCUAGAGUUCUUUCGUGGAGUGGCUCAAUCUAUUCCCUCUUCGUCACCUUCGCCAACAGCUCCGCCCGAGACCGACCCCAUAUCCAUCGAACCUCUACAAGGCUCAGCUCGCGACAUGCUCCAGGACCGUGCCGGUAUAAUCGUGCUGCGGGAAGACCUGGACUUCUACGUGAUUCCUCCCAAGCAAGACAUCGACCAAACCGAAAUGAUUGAAGUGAAGAGGGCUGCCGCGAACUCUCUGCUUAGACAGGAUGGCAUCUUUUCUGGCUUGAAGCGAAGCGAAGAAAACGGCACCACAGAGCAGCAUCUGAUCGAAAUGCUUACAGCAGGCGGUUUCGAUCACGACGAUCGCUGGGGCCAUCGAGCUGGCGAGCCUAACAAGGCUGUCAUCUGCAGCUUGGCCCUGGCUCGACUACGCACAGACAUCAAGGGCGAUAUGGCUAACAACAACGUUGUUGGCAUGGCUCAGAAGCUGCUACUUUUCUGGCGCAAGCCUGCUCGUAGGUGUUGGUGGGAGGGUAUCGAAUUGACGGAUGUAGAAGGUGUCGAGGGUAAGGUCAAGGUCUGGAUCCGGAGAGUAUGGACGCUUGAAAUGAGCGUUAUUGGCUUGCGGUAG